AUGAUCACUGGUAUCGCCCACGUAAACCUUACGGUUCCUGUUGGGACCCUGGACCAAGCCGAGGAGUUCUAUGGCGGGACACUCGGGUUCACCAGUAUUCCCGUUCCAGCUCUGAAAAAGGGAUCACUUGCCUGGUUUGACAUAACUCCCGGAGGCCAACAGAUCCACAUCGCCUUUGGUGCCAAUGAGUUGAAAUCCUCAAGACAUCCUUGCUUCAAGCUCGAUUCACCGAAAGGGCUAUUGGAAUUGCAACAGCGGGUAUGGAGUCAUCAUGUUAGUGGGAAGUCAGGAGCACCCGCCGAGGCUGAUAAGCCUGGAGAAGAAAGUUCUGGCUCAAAGGGUGUUGAGUACCCAGAGAGGUUCUUUGCGAGAGAUUAUGCUGGCAACCGCCUCGAGUUUAGUUUGUGA